GCCGCAAGCUACGUACUUGACGUACUUGUCGCCAACUUACGGAUGUCGAUAAUCGGAUUCAGCUAGGCGCGGUUGAAACAGCGGCCGCAGGCUAGGGGUACUUGACGUAUUUCGUUGCCGCCAUCAGCUUAUGAAUGCCGAUAAGCUUGAGCGGAAAAGGUCAGGCAGCCGCAAGCUACACAAGUUGCCGAGGUGUACUUGACGUAUUUGUCGACGUCAGCUUACAAACGCCGAUAAUGGGAAGAGGUCAGAUAGCAAAGCUUAGCGUGGGCAGCCGCAGACUACGAGGGGUACUUGACAUAUCGCGAUCAGUUUACGAACGCCGAUCAGCUUGGCGCGACUGGAGCCAUGGACACGAGCUCCCAAGUCACCGAGGGGGAGCGGGCUCCAGCCCAAUAGAGACGUCACCUUUUCCCUAUGUCAACGGGAUAAAUGAAUACCACCGAGGGUCGACCGGAGCUUGUCCAAUCCACGCUGCAAAGCACUCAUCCACAGGAGUUUCACAAGCCCACCCGACCGUCUUGCUUCUUCUUCUUCUUGCAUCACAGUUUGUCCGUUGGGGUCAUUGGCCCUAUGUUGGCCAUGCCAUGCUUCUUUCUGGAUGCACCGGAUGUAUUUUUAGCUAUGUUACUGAAAUUAGACCCCGACCCGACUGUCGCUCUCGUGUGUUCGCGUUCAAAGUUUUGCACUGCAUUGGACUUGGACUUGGCCCGACUUGGACGGACCUACAAACAGAUACGAGUUGGCAUCACCGAGGAGUGCUCUAUGUUUGAUUUUGUGUCUUAUCAAGACCAGGAC